CAUCAACAAGUCCGGCUUUUUUGUAAAUUUUGGAAUCAAAUUUUCAGUUUUCGUCAAUUCUUAUUCUUUUUAGUACAAUGUGAUUAUACUAAACGUGGUACGAACUGAAAACUAUCUAAUCAAUAAAAUUCUUAUCAAAAAAAUUUGAAGUUUAGGUACUUUGUAAAUUAAUUGCAACCUCUUCAAAAUUAUAAAUAAUAUUAUUAUCACUUUUCAAAUCAAAGUACCAAGAUUAUAUUUCAAACAAAUCGUUAAAGAAUUUCAAACAAUAUGUCAAACAGUGCAAUUACAGGAGAAAAUUUCUCGAAUGGAAAGUUUGUUGCAUCCGCAACGGGAGUUAUACGGAUUUUAGUAAUUGUUUUACUUUUAUCGUCAGCCAUUAUAUUUUUAAGUAACGAUACUUGUCCGGGAACACCAACUUGGUAUGACUGGCUAUUCCCCGUAGUAUCGACAAUUAUAGCCUGCAUAGUUACUAUGAAAUAUGCUGCAUUUGUCUGUGGUAUUGCUAAAGGAAAACCAGAAAGAUAUAUUAAAAUUGACAGUGUUUUUAGUAUAUUGGAAUCAAUAGUAGUUAUUGUUGUAUCAGUUUUAACAAUGUCUUCCUGUAAAUCAUUGUCAAGUGUACAAAAAGUGCCUGGGCCUUUAGGAUUAGCUGCUGGAUUUCUUCUAGCCAUUAGUACAGCAGCAUUAUGGGUCAGUUGGAGAAGAAAGCAAGAAUUAUUAGAAGAAAUGACAAAAAUACGUGAAAAAAGUGCGCUUGGUCCAAGAACUUCAAUAGUCGUUUAAGUAAUUAUAAUUCAUAUAAUAGGGUACUUGAUUAAUUUUGUAAAUAAAUGUAAAAAUUUAAAAACAAAAUUUGAAAUCUAUAGACUUUUUCAUUUUAAAAAGUGAUUAUCUUUUGUUUUGGGCGGUAUAUCAAAAAACUAAUAUGAUAAAAUGAAUAACAAAUGUCUUGUAUCUUUGUCCAACUUAGUACUGCCUGUCCGAAACAAUAAUGAAUCGUAUUUAAAAUGAAAAAGUCUAUUAGAAACUGAAGACUGUUAAUUUGUAUUAUUAAAUUUUCUAAUUCUUAAAACUUUCGU